AUGACGAGCCUGGACAACUCUUCUCAUCCCAAUCCCAAUCCAAAUGUUAACAGUAACAAUAAUAAUGUUAAUAACUGUGCUAAUAACAGUAAUACACAAGUGUCAGUUGAUGAAGAUCAUCCACCACCAGGUUAUGAUGAAGCUAUUGACUUAAUACAAAACAGUUGUAUGAACAAUGUUAACAUGGCGACGACGACAGCGACUUCGAUGAUGAUGAUAAUGAUAAACACAAUGGCGAAACCAGCUGUUCCUAUACUGAAUACCACUUGUACACCACCACCACCACCACGAGCAUUACCUCCACGUAGAAUUAUCAAUGGAGUUGGAUUAGAAGAUAUUGAAGGUGCAUAG